GCAUCCGAACCCAACUCCUCCCUCUCCUCUCUCUCUCACUCUCUCUCCAACUCACUUCCAGUCCAGGGACAAAGCCCUGCAGCUCGUCGUGCAAACAAGACUCAUCAACACUGCCUCACGUAUUACUUCCACGACAGCUACUGCUGCCACCACCACUGCCGGUGCUGGGAAGUCUAGUGGCCGUGUCUUUUGGACUCGCAGUCCGCAGGGUCGCUCGUUGAAGCGGAGUGUGGAUGUCUGCAGUGUUAUAGUUUUGGCCAUACAGAGCUAGAGAGUGUGAGUAUCAGCGUGCUCAGCUCGGUGUAGUGUGUUUUUGCUCAGAUCGUCUCGUUUCGGUCUGGUUAGGGAUGGCUUCCAUGGCAGCUUGUCAGCUCCAGUGUCAAAGAAUCACUGCAAUGUGGGUGCUGGUCAUGUGCGUGAUCGGGAAGUUUGCCGAAGCGAACAUAGGGCCUAUCUCCUCGGUGCUGCCCAUGAGUCAUGAUAAUGCAGCGAAUUAUGACGAUCGGAGGGUUCUGAAAUUGGUUGAACCCGCCCCUCUCGUCCUCACCUACCACAACGGGCCUCUCAUGACGCAGGGAACCAGCAUUCCUGUAUAUAUAAUCUGGUAUGGAACUUUCAGCAGGGCGCAAAAAACCAUUUUGACCGACUUUUUUGCCUCCUUCGGUGCUGCUCUGCCUGCUCCUUCCGUCGCCAGCUGGUGGAAGAUCACCAGCGGGUACACUGCCAGUGGAUCUUCGGUGCCGAGGUCUGUGAGGGUGAUGAAGCAGAUAUCUGAUAGCAAGUACUCGAAGGGCAAGGUGCUGAAGAAUGCGGAUCUCGAAAGCCUGGUGGUCGGCUCUCUGAAGAUGUUUCCUGCCGAUUCGAAUGCCAUCUACUUCGUGUUCACUGCAUCAGACGUGGACGUGGAGGACUUCUGCAUGAACUCCUGCGCUUCUCACUUCGCCACUGCUCCCUCUGUUGCCACUGGAAACAAGAAUUUGCCUUUCGUUUGGGUGGGAAAUGCUGGUGUUAAGUGCCCUGGCCUCUGCGCCUGGCCCUAUGCCAAGCCCGCCUACGGUCCUCCCGGUGCGCCUCUUCUGCCUCCCAACGGGGAUGUGGGCAUGGACGGCAUGGUCAUCAACACUGCAUCCAUGGUAGCAGGCACUGCCACCAAUCCCUUCAACACCGGCUACUACCAAGGUGACGCUGGGUACCCAUAUGAGGCUGCCACAGCUUGUGCUGGAAUCUAUGGUGCCAACGCUUACUCAGGUUAUCCAGGGGAUUUGCUGGUGGAUCCCAAGACGGGAGCGAGCUACAAUGCAGUGGGUGCCAAUCAAAGAAAGUUCUUGCUGCCUGCCUUGUGGAUGCCAUCCACCCAAAAGUGCACUACUCCCUAGAUUUGGAAGCUGAGUUAGUGCAAAGGAAGCAGUCAAAUCUGUUUGCUUCCGGUCAUGUAGUAGUAGCACAUUCAUUGAACUAUUAGUUCCUUAAUUCUUCACGGCCCUGACUGUAGAUAGCUUCUGGUUACAGCUCGACCGCCUGCCCGUCUAAUAUCGAAUGGCGUAGAGGAGAAUCAUACUGAGUUUAGAAACUAAACUUUGUGUAUCUUGUAUAUACUUAUUUGUCUUCUCUUGAUGUCAACUAUUUUUUUAAUCUUCACGGCUGUCAAGAGCUUUUUAAGCUACAUUUUGACUCAUC